GAUCGCCCACUUAUUGAAAUCAAACGAAAAGGCCGACCGAUAACUCAAUGUAAUCAUUGUCGUGAACUUCGUAAAACUCACAAAAUUCACGUCAAAUGUAAUUGUAAUGACAAAUCGAAAGAAGAGGGUGCAUCUACAACUCUGAACGAUACAUCACCUUUUUCAAAUACAG